GGGUGGUGGCUUCCUAUUGGCUGGGUAUUUACUUAGAGGUCUGGCUUUCAAAUAAAAGAACCACCAAAGUCAGGCGAAGCUUGCUAGUCCAAACAUCGAAAAAGGAAGAUGGCAAAAGUAUUGAUUCUUUUGCUUGGGGGCCUCGUGGCUUUAUGUGCCGGGCAUGGAGUGUUUAUGGAAAAACUUUCUUCUAAGAAGUUGUGUGCAGAUGAGGAGUGUGUCUAUACUAUUUCUCUGGCUAAGGCACAGGAUGAUUACAACGCCCCAGACUGUAGGUUCAUCAAUGUCAAGAAAGGACAGCAAAUCUAUGUUUACUCCAAGUUGGUAAAAGAAAAUGGAGCCGGCGAGUUUUGGGCUGGCAGUGUUUACGGUGACCACCAGGAUGAGAUGGGAAUGGUGGGCUAUUUCCCCUGCAACUUGGUUGAAGAGCAACGAGUGUACCAGGAGGCCACCAAGGAAGUCCCAACCACGGAUAUUGACUUCUUCUGUGAAUAAGAAAUUAGUUAAAUCAUGGAAACACAAAUGAUGAAGACAAGAAAUGGAAAUAACCAAAACAGUAUAUUUACACCUUUCUGGCUUUGUUUGGUGGCAGAAGCUCAGAUUUAGAAGGAGCCAAUAUAUGGGAAUUUUCAACUCGGUCUUGUUUCCUUGCCCCGGUCUUCCCACAGGCUGCACAGAGUGCUGUUUGACUCACAUAAGUCGUGUGUAACCAGGGAAGACAAUCUUCAAUUGCUCAGUGAUGCACACACAAGGUGUUUUAUUUGUAGCUAUUUUUAAAAGGCCAUUCUUCCCAGCUCUGGCUUUCAGGUUCAUAAGGUUGGGGAGUUAUAGGUCUGACUUUUGAAUGCGUUUUCUGUUAUUUGUCUCUCUGGUCAUUUAAAGUCUUAAUACUGUGCUUGUCAGGAUAUUCUAGUAUUGUUAUUCUUUAUACUUGAUACCCUUGGAUGUAAGGAUGUUAGGUAUAAAAAGAGCUUUUGGACUCAUGAAUAUUUGGACUAUGUCUCUGGAUUUUUCUUUUAGAAAUAUUUCAUGUGUUAUUUCAGUUGGGAUAACUUUACAUUCUAAAAGACCAAUUUAUGUUUCCUCUCAUUUAAAUAAAUCUGUGUGUGUGUGCUGAGGAUGACAAUCUUUGGAAACUCCUUUGGUGGAACAAUUUCCUUUUACUCUGUUGUCUAUCUGGAUCUUUUCCAAGCUUUGAGUCAUCAAAAGGGAUAGCCAAAUCCAAGUCUGAAGACUUUUUCCUCUGCUUCUGUCUCUACUUUCCCUUCUUUUUCCAUACAAAUUCCUCUGAACAAGUGUAAUGCAUUAAGAAGUUACCUUGGAAUGUUACUGGGAAGUCAGGGGUCCCCUUUUAUAAAGGGGGAAAAAUUGAAAUUUCUGAUGCCUGUCACACCAAAAACCAGAGAGAAGAAAUGGGAAUUGAAUUCAAGCUGCAUUUUAUUCAGACAGCCAGAAAUCUGGGAAGACGGAGGCAAUGUCCCCAAACCUGCCGUUCUCUCCCCAUCUACAGCUAUAGCUAGUGUGAGUCUCUGCAAAGUUGAGUUGUAUCUCUGUGGUGGGGGGGGUCAGCUUUGCCUUGGAGAUUCACAAUGUUGGUGAAUCUGCCCUCAUUGUCCCCAUAUCACCACUAAUUAUCAUCUUCCUCUGUGUAGCAGUGCUUCUGUGCCCGAGGGCCACUGAGCCUGCACAGAGGCACCACCUAGGUUAUGUGUCUAGGUUGAAGGCCAACUCCAAUUAAACAAACUGUUAGUAUUGUGUGCCUGGCUAGUCACAGUGUGGACAAGCAGACUCCUUUCUACAGGAAGUACUCAAUGUGCUGCUGUGAAAUAUGAGCGUGUCCUUAUCUUUUCCUACCACCUUUGCAGCUUCCCAGUCUCAUAGGUUAAAACAAUUUUUUAAGCAGACCCAGAAGGAAACUCCCGGCAGCUUCUGGGGGGAGGGAAGUGGGUAAGAGGAAGAGAGGAAGCCAUACUUUCUGAGGUAGCGAUCGCUUGUCAGCUGCUGCAAAGGAUGGAAUGCUCUUUAGAGAUGGGAAUGCCCAGCAUGCCAGGGCAAGGGGGCUUAGGAUUUGAGCUAAUACUUGAAAAAGAGACAGAAAGUGGAGGAAGGAAAGAUUAUGUUCUUUCAAUUAGAACUCAGAGAACAGGCUAAGCAGUGAGGAUCUGUAAGCAACUGCAUGGAGAGAAAGACAUCUAGGGUAUAGAGCUCAUUAAGGGGUUAUUUUCCCCUCCGAUCCUCUUAAUGUGUCUUCAGGUAUAACAGAUAGUUUCCUUGAGUGGUGGUUUUCUGUCUAGGUGAUUGGCAGUCCCAUUUAGAUUAACACUUAAGGGAGGAUGCAAUAGCAUGUUUUUGUUAUAUAUGUGUAUAUAUACGCGUGUGUAUGUGUGUAGUAGUAGUAGUAGUAGUAGUAGUAGUAGUAAUAGUAAUGAAGGCCUACUGAGCUCUCAUCCUGUUUUUGUAAUCUUAUAAUCUUUUGAGCAGUUGCAAUGCCAUGUUUCUACCCAGAGUCAAAGAUGCAAUUCAGUUAUCUUUCCUUGGAUAAAAGCUUAUGUAACUGGACCUCUGCUCCCAUGAGCUCACAGCUGCUGUGGUUGCCUGCACAAGACCUGCACGAGAUCAAGCUGGUUGAUAUUACAGCAUGGAGUGGGGGGGUGCUGCCCCCAGCUGAGGAGCUGUUAUUGACAGUUGAUGGCUACUAGGUGGGAGAGAGUCAGUGUACUUUAUGGGUGUGGUCCCUGGUAGCUUGACCGUGUUCCAGUGGAUGACUCCACACCCACGAGGGUAUGGAGAGCGCUAAUUGGACUCUGGAUUAUUUUAAACAUGGCAGGAGUCAUGAAGUUGGA